GAGACCCGGAUGCUGGUUCUGGCUCUGCUGAGUGCAGAGCUCGCUGAGAAGGCGCGCGCAUGCUGACAGCACCGGCGGGGUUCCGGUUUCACGAGCUGAAGGAUGUCUGAAAAGGGGACUCCUGAGGGGGAGCGUCCUCAGUCCCAAACCCAGUCCACCCUGUCCCCGUCCCAGGCCAAGUCCCAGUCCCAGCCUGGUUCCAGUUCAUCCAGUGGGCCCAGCUCAGCCAGUCAGUCGUCGAGUGGCUCGGGGACUCUGAGCAGCGUGGACACCAUCCCCGUAACGCUCGCGUCCGUCCCAGAGGAGCCCGAGCCGCAACCCUGGGGCCGCCUACUGCCCAUGGUCCCGGGCUUCAGGAGCCACGACUGCAUAGAGGACCAGUACCUGUUUGGACGGGACUCCAAGUGUAACUACGUCCUGGAGGAUCCAAAUGACCGAAAUUCCAGAAAGUUCCGAAUCUACAGCAAGAAACACUUCAGGAUCUACAGAGAGGGCUCGGAGGUCUUCGUGGAGGACCUCAGUAAUAACGGCACUUUUCUCGAUGGGAUUCCGAUCGGGAAAGACAAGAAGCUUCCUCUGGUCAAUAACGCCGUCAUCUCUCUGGCUGAACAACGAAACCGAGUCUUUGUCUUCAUCGACCUGAUGUCGGACGAUCAGUCCAGCCUACCCAGAGACCUGCAAGACAAAUACCUACUGACGCGACGCAUCGGCACAGGAGUGUGUGGCGAGGUCCGGCUGGCUUUCGAGCGAUCCACCUGCAGGAAGUUUGCAGUGAAAAUCAUAAACAAGAAGAACUUUCAGUCUGAAGGGACGGCGACACGAAACGCAAAGACGGAGAUUGACAUCCUGCAGAGGGUCGACCACCCUUGUCUCAUAAAGACGGAGGACUUCUAUCAGACGGAGGAAAGUUUCUACAUCGUGUUGGAGCUGAUGGAGGGGGGGGAGCUGUUCCACAGAGUGAAGUCGAAGCAGCAGCUCAACGAAUCUGUUGCCAAACUUUAUUUUUACCAGAUGCUUCGUGCUGUGGAGUAUCUCCACAGUAACGGGAUCAUCCACAGAGACCUGAAGCCGGAGAACAUCCUGCUGUCCUCACAGGACGAUGUGUGUCUCAUCAAGGUGACGGACUUUAACCAGUCACGGAUCCUGGAGGAGGCGGUGCUGAUGAGGACUCUGUGUGGGACUCCAUCUUACCUGGCUCCGGAGGUGUUCACGCACGCGUCCACCACAGGUUACGGGCUCGCCGUGGACGCCUGGAGCCUCGGCGUGCUGCUCUUCGUCUGCCUGGGAGGUUACCCUCCGUUCCACGAGAGCUUUGGUCAUCAGUCGGUCACCGAUCAGAUCAUCAGAGGAGAGUUCACCAUGGUUCAGUCCAAGUGGACGAGCGUCUCUGAUCAAGCCAAAGACGUGGUGAGGAAGCUGCUGGUCGUUGAUCCGAUGAAGAGGAUGAGCAUCGAGGAAGCUCUGCAGCACCCCUGGCUACAGGACCAGAAGAUGUUGGAGACGGCGCACAGGCUCAUGUACCCGUCUGCAGAGGGAGGGGGGGGUGCUGCUGCCAUGGAGGCGGAGUCGACCUCAGGAAGACACCUGAGGAAACGAGGACGAGAAGGAGAUGGCGAGGAGCAACAUCCUGCCAAACGGAGCCAAGGCCCGCCCUCUUCCUCUGUGUAGUCACAUGUCUCUGCUGCUGAACCUGGUGUAAAUAAAGUUUUCUAAUAAAGAUUUUUACAUUUUU